UUAUUUCCCCGAAAUAAAAUUUCCUUUAUCCUUUCCGGCCAGCGCCGGCCACAGGCCACAGCUCCUCCCACCGUCACCAUGGCCGCCACCGCCACCGCCACGUCCCUAGGCCUCGCACUCCACCGCCGAGACCACGACCCUAGAUCCAACCGCCGCCCCGUCCCGUCCUCGUCCCUGGCCUCUACCUCCGCCUUCCGCAGCCGCAGGGCCAAGUGCAGCUGCAGGGUUGUGCCGCCACCGUCCGCCGCCGCCGGUGAUCUGGAAGGAAAUGAAGUAUUGGCAGAAGGACAUACGCUGAAGCAGUCACUUAGCAACGAAAUGCUGCCUUCAUCAAGCACAAAAGCUACUUCCUCCAUGGCUGACCACGUUUCUCUUAGCAGUCUCCACCACCACCCCAACAGCCAAUCUUCCUGUUUCGCUACCUCAAAACCAAACCAUGACAACACCCAUAAAUACAACCAGUCCCCCCAAAUUCCUAGACGAUCUCUCGUCAUGCUCCCUGCCUCCUCUCUUCUCCUCUCCGCUUCCUCCUCCUUUGCCAUAGACGAUACAAAGGCUCCAUCCCCCUCCACAAUUGACACCACCAUCACCGACCGCAUAUUCAUGGACUUUAGCAUCUGUCCAAGCUUCUUUAGCAAUGACCGCACGUUAGGAGCUGAACUUGCUUCAUGCCCUGAUUCUGAGCCUCUUGGACGUGUAGUCUUUGGUCUCUAUGGUCGGCUACUCCCGAUCACUACUACCAACUUCAAAACUACCUGCACUGCUUCAGCAUAUCGAGGCACACUUGUCCACAAGGUGCUUCAAGGUCAGUUCUUUGCUGCUGGCCGACAAGGUUCUCGGCGUGAUAAGGGUGUGGUCCAACCUCCCUCGAAGCUUGUGAGAAAUGUUGAGACAGUUGAUCCUAAAGCGUAUCAACUAAGACAUGCAAGGCCUGGCACCCUAUCCUUGUGUCUUGAGCAGAAUGACGAUGACGAUAGCAUCAAGCUCAGUCCCAAUUAUCACAAUGUUGAAUUCCUGGUGACCACAGGGCCAGGGCCCUGUCCAGAUCUUGAUGGCCAGAACAUUGUCUUUGGAACUGUAUUAGAAGGAAUGGACGUUAUCACCAGCAUUGCAACCAUCCCUACCUAUAAACCAGGUGAAAGGAUCCAAUUAUUCAACGAUUUUGCACAACUGAUUGGUGAUGAAAGAGCUCAAUCUGCUAGAGCCAUGUGGGAUCGCCCACAGAAAACCGUGUAUAUCAGCGGUUGCGGGGAGCUGAAAGUGACCAAGCCAUCUCUUUCCCCUCCUAGCUUGCCAUGAUAAGUACUGUAUAUAUGCCUUUCUUUUUGUGUAAUUACUGAUUACACCAUACAGCUGUGUGUGUGUGUGUGUACAUAUAUAUCAGAUAUGACUUCCAUUAACAAUGACCUGUGGGUUCUUCAGCGCAAAAAUUUGUGGGAACAACCCCCAAUUGUUUCGGGUAAA